AUGGACAGUUCACAUCGAAAGGGACCGAUUACGCAGGUGAAUAAUGUUAUCAGCGCUUCCGUAAAAUUAUGCAUUAAUAUCACUUUUGUUUCGUUUCUAUUAGAGGAAGAAGUAGUAUCGCACCUGUGGGUACAGCUACUGAUUCACACCAAUGUUUACUUUUACGGCGUUUGGCUAGUAGUGGCAGUAAUAUUUCUUAACCAUGAGUUCGCUACCAUUAGCGGUAUAGAGAAGAUUCUGUCCAUCCUUUCACUAGUAGUUGCAAUACCACUGGAAGUCAUCCGGCUGUACCUUGGCCACACGGGAAAUCUGAUGAGUGCGAUACCGAAUUUCGCCGGAUUCCUUAUACUGUCACUACUGAUUCAACUGCCACUGCAGAUUUAUCUGUUGCUGGCCACGCACACCAUUCAUCAUACGGUGGCAACGGUGGUACAGUCUAUCACGAUCGCGCUGCUCGUGCUGCAGAUCAUCGUUGGCAUACCGGCAAUGCGGAAACUGUCCGCCUUUCGCAGAAAACAAUUUCAAAUACAACGCUGGCAAUACAUCGGUAGGCGAACCGGGGAGAAAGAAGUAAAGUGA